AUGGCCGUCAAAACUCAGGCACUUGGCCAGGUUGAUGAGUGCUCAGCCUUGUUGCAGUUCAAGGAAAGCUUUGCAAUUCGCAAGUCUGUUUCUGCAUAUCCUCUUGCUUAUCCGAAGGUUGCAUUUUGGACGCUAGAAGGAGAUCAGAAUCGGAGUAAUUGUUGUUCAUGGGAUGGUGUAGAGUGUGAUGAGGACUCUGGCCAUGUUGUUGGCCUUGACCUUAGCAGCAGCUGUCUUUACGGUUCUCUUAAUUCCAGCAACAGUCUCUUUCGCCUUGUUCAUCUGCAGAGGCUUGACCUCUCAGAUAAUCACUUCAAUUUCUCUGAAAUACCAUCAAGGUUCGGUCAAGAUCUUUUGAGUCUAACAUAUCUCAACCUUUCAAAUUCCUUGUUUUAUGGCCAAAUUCCAUCAGAAAUUUCAAUACUAUCGAAGCUGUCUACCCUUGAUCUGUCUUACAAUUCUGGGAAACUUCAUCCUGACAUUAUCCCUUUGAAACUGACCAAGGGAUACAUGAGAAGCCUGGUUCGAAACUUGACCAACAUAAAACAACUUCAUCUUAGUGAGGUAGACAUUUUCUCCACUGUGCCUGAUAUCUUGGUCAAUGCAUCUUCUCUCACAUCUCUCCAACUUGACAAUUGUGGGUUGAAUGGGGAAUUCCCAGUAGGCAUUUUCCACCUACCAAACUUAGAGGUUCUUCAUGUGAGUUCGAACCCAUUGCUAACAGGCUAUUUCCCCACCUUUAACAGGAGUAAUUUCUUCGAGAAAUUGGGUGUUGCCUACACGAAUUUCUCUGGCCAACUUCCUGGCUCCCUCGGAAACCUUCAUGCCUUGAGUGUGUUGGAGAUCGCCUACUGUCAAUUUUCCCCCCUUGUUCCAUCUUCCCUGGGAAACCUUACCCAACUCAGUUACCUAGACAUGUCUUCUUUUUUUGGGGGGACGAAAAUCCUAUACAUGUCUUCAUUUUAUGUCAUUCCAAAUAAUUUUUCCACAUGCCAAGUUACUGAUUCUUGGUCAUGGGUUGGAAAGCUAACCAAGCUCUACACUCUGAGCCUUGAGAAUACCUGCAUAAAAGGAGAAUUCCUAUAUUUUGUCGCUAACCUGACCCGGUUAAGUACUCUAAGCCUCGGGGGUAACAAUUUCCAAGGAGAAAUUCCUGGGUCACUCUUUCAGCUCAAAAAUCUUGAAUAUCUUGACCUUUCCUCUAGUAAUUUGAGUGGGGUUGUUGAGUUUGAUCAGUUUUCCAAGCUCAAAAAGUUGAAGGUCCUUCGAUUAUCAGACAACAAGUUAUCUCUGCAGAGCAAACCCGAUUUGGGUGCUACUUUUCCACAGCUUCAAGUUCUGGAGUUGAUUUCGUGCAACUUAACAGAGUUUCCAGAAAUUUUAAAAAAUCAAUACGAAUUGUCGCACCUAGACCUUCGUAACAACAGCAUCCAUGGGCGAAUACCAAAAUGGGUGUGGAACGCAACUAGAGAAACAUUGUUCGCUCUCCUCCUCUCUCAUAACUUCUUAACAGGGUUUGACCAAAAUCCAAUCAUUCUCCCAUGGCAGAAUCUAGAUUCUUUGGAUCUCCAGUCCAAUAUGUUACACGGAUCAUUGCCAAUUCCACCGCAAUCAAUCAGAAACUAUUUUGUCAAAGACAAUAAUUAUAGUGGAGAUAUUUCGCUCUCCUUCUGCAACUUGAAUAAUUUACAUGCUCUUGACUUGUCCAACAACAGCCUGAGUGGCAUGCUUCCAAGUGUUUGGGGAACUCCAGCUCUCCGGAAAUAUUGGACCUGCACCACAAUUCUUUUCACGGCAGUAUUCCUCAAAUAUGUCCAGGCGAAAAUAGUUUGA